AUGGCAGCCAGACUUUCCCGAAGCCUGGCACAGGCCAACUGCCGUGUUUUCACUGGGUUAUGUUCCCGCGCGACACCUCGCAUUGCGCACGUCGGUGCCCGUGCUGGCUUGUUGGCACAUCGCAAUACAUGGAACCUCGCGCCUAGGAACUGCCGUGUAAAACAGGCCAAUACCGCGCGAUAUCUCCAUACAGAUUUUGACCCAUCGGCCAAACAAAACGCUUCCAUUCUCAACGCUACCACCUACAAAGGAUCGAGCAUCACAGAGAAACAUUGGAUGGGCCAGGAAUUGGCAGUUGUGGACACCUCGAUUGACCCGCAAGCUAUUUACCAUUUUAUGGAAUUCAUAAUGUAUGGUAUUCUACCGAACGGGAAGAAGACCGAUUUAGCUUUACUCAACCAAGAUGAAUUCCCACUGUUCAUGACCCCGAGCGCAGAGUGGGCGCCUGCGCCGUUCAACAAGGCUGCUCUCCCAACUAUACAGAAAGCGAUGGAGCGGAUCACGACCCCGGAGGAUUUGAGCAGGCUGUGCCAUAUUGGGCAGAAUAUAUACUUUCUCAAAAGUCGCCUCUGGGGAGGCCUUGCCCCCGUGCCCGCAUCGCGUUGGCGCGAAAAAGAUCUCAACAACCCGGACCAUUUCACAAUCGCCCAUGAACACCUAACCUCUGUCAUUGCCGUCUUCGAGUACCUGAACAUUCCUACCAUCCAGAAUAACAUGCGCGACACCUUCAACAAAAUAUCUGGUGACUUCGGAGAAAUGCAGGACGCCUUGAAUGCACGGCGCAAGGCUCAAGACGGGCUUUCUCCUGAGCUCAACCUUACUGCUCUUUGGGAACAAUUCAUUCGCGCACAGUAUGAAGUCAUGACCAGCACCGCCCAUUCCUGGGUCCUGGCCCGUGUUGCCGAAUUACGUGAACGGACGACGGACAUAUUCAGUACGGUUGACAAUCCAGAGAGCCCAGAAAUGGAAGUCAUCACGCAGCGGUGGACCGACCUGGUUUCCGCCACUUCAAUGGCGGAUUUCAAUAUCUGGAUAUCCAUGGAUGGGUAUAAUGGCUUCCAUCCGCCCUCCGAGGUCAUCGCUGGGCUACACAAUCCUGACCUAACGCACCUAGACAAGAAUUACGGGUUUUCUGGGCUCGUGAUGGAGCGACUCACAAAAUGUAUCGAGGCUCAGAAUGAGGCUGCGACGGUUCAAGGUCCAAGCGCGAUCCAGAGUGACACGGCCCGCCGCGAGCGCCUUUCUAUUAGCACAGAAGUUCAGGAUGAACUGCGUGAAAAAAUUCGCGGCCGGACGCCAUCACCGCAGCCACCUGUGCUGCCCUGGAUUCAGAAACUCCUUCGAGUGCAGGAGGCGAGCUUGAGCAUGGACCCGUCGGAGAGGCACGACUUUAGCUUCGGAUUGGCCAUCUACCGCGCAGCAUACCAGCUCUCUGAUGAGGAGUGGGAAAACCUAAAGCGAGACUUGGAAGCUCACUUGUCGGCAUGGAGUGAUGGAGUCCAACGCGCCGAUGAGCUGAAACCACUGCUCAAACUGCAUUGGUUCGACUGCAAGGAACUAGGCUUCGACACAACCAACCCCGUAACAGCAGCAAGGAGCCACUUCCAACAAAUCCGAUCUUCGGAUGAGUGGGCCAAUCACAUAGCACCGUCUGUUUUCCUUCUCGUCGAUCACUUCGGCGUAGGCUCAUAUACCGACGAUGAAUUCAACGCCUCCUUCACAAAGGACAAAGGCUUUCUCAAAGGGGACUUCCAGGGCCAUGUUCUGGCUAUCGACGCAGACUUCGAUAAUAGUGCUACUACAAGCGAAAGUGCAGAUGGCAUGGCAAAUGAAGAGCUCCAGGAUGAAGCCAUCCAAUACCCGGGUCACAUGCGCAUCCUAGGUAACUUAGUCUGGAGCGAGCUCUAUCCUAUGACAAUGCUGCAGUCUGUGGGACUUCAAAAUUUUUGGGCGCAGGCGCGGGAACAUCCGAAGAAGGUAUAUACGGGGCCGACAGUGCCGAGUCAGGUUGAGUCAUGGAAGGAGCGGAAUGCCAUGAAGACCCUUAUGAUGGAUAGCUUUGUGGACUAUCUAAAAGAGAAGAAUCCCACCCUAGCAGGAAAAGUACAGGGGUACAGGAAGGAGGGUCAUAUUUAA